CAUGGCUCCGCCCCGUGCGUUGAAUGGCUAGAAUCGUCGGGCAGAGCAACGUGCGAUUGGUUUAGCGACGCCGUCCAUCACGGAGAUGGGGCGGAACGCUUGCUUCUGACGCAUCAUGGCGGCUGUGGGAAAAGCGGCGAGAGGGCGGCCGCGUCGCUAGCGAAAAGCGCCCAGAAAAUUUGCCCGUCGCCGCUAGGAAAAAUGCCCAUGCAGUCAGCCGAUGGCAGAGUAGUGUUUGUGAGCCGCUAUUUGAGAGGGAUAUCGGCGCGGAGCUGGGAUCGGGGUUUGUGAGGAAGGAUGAGCUUCGGUGGGCCGACGCCAAUCACCAUUUGUUGCCGGAAAAUCAGGAAGAAAAGCGGCGACGGCGGACAGCGCCGUGAGUAAGAGGCGGGCGGCAGUUUGUUGUUAGCAGCCCCUCGGGUCGAUGGGGGGCCGGCCAGUCCGUUUAAAUGCUGCGAGUCGGCAGUCCUUGACGACGGUGGAGCUGCGGCCGAGCAUGGCGGUGUACGCCGGCAUCUUGCUGCUGCUAGCACUGCGCAGUGUCCAAGGUGUUCCACUUCCGCAAACAGGUGCAGGGGAAACAACUGUUGAAGUCUCCGUGUCACUGCUCGUACUUUCUGGGUGCUGCUUAGUUGUCCUCGUUGUCCUGCUUGUGAAUUGUGCAUCAUGCUGCAAAGACCGCGAAAUAAAUUUCAAGGAAUUUGAAGAUGAUAAUCUUGAUGAAGAAAAUGAUUUUGUACCUCCAGCAGAAGACACUCCGUCACCUCCAACACUUUCUGAAGUAUAUACGCUUUCUGUUCCGAAUGUUAUGUUUUCUACUCCAACGCAACUUCACUUAUCAAAAACACAAGGAGUCUCCUCAGCACCCUUUGCACGUCAUCAUCUUAGCUACAUUCAGGAAAUUGGAAAUGGAUGGUUUGGUAAGGUUCUUCUUGGGGAAUUCUACCAGGAUUCCAGUUUAAUCAGAGUGAUUAUUAAAGAACUGAAGCCCAGUGCAAGCUCAACGGAGCAUCAUCGAUUCCUUCAAAAUGGAGAAGCUUACAGAGUUCUGCACCAUCCAAAUGUGCUUCAUUGCUUGGGACAAUGUGUGGAAGCUGUUCCUUACCUGUUGGUAUUUGAAUUCUGUCAGCUGGGUGACAUAAAGGGCUACCUGCAUAGUCAGCAAAAUGAGCAAAGUCCCCGUGGUUCAGAGUUGCUGCAGCUGCAAAGGAUGGCCUGUGAGAUUGCUGCUGGUCUUGCUCAUCUGCACAAGCACGGCUUUGUGCACAGUGAUUUAGCACUACGGAACUGUUUUCUCACAACGGAUUUGACGGUGAAAAUCGGCGAUUAUGGCAUUGGAUUCAGCCGGUAUAGGGAGGAUUACAUUGUGAGCAACGACGGUCAGUAUAUUCCUUUGCGCUGGAUUUCACCUGAGCUCAUAGGUGACGUUUAUGGAAGCAUGGUGGUAGCAGAACAGACAAAACACAGCAAUAUUUGGUCUUUAGGUGUUGCAUUAUGGGAGUUAUUUGAGAACGCCAGCCAGCCGUACAUGCACCUUUCUGACAAAGAGGUGCUAAUCUUUGUUAUAAAGGAACAGCAAAUUAAACUCCCUAAACCUCAGCUGGAGUUGACUCACUCUGACAGAUGGUAUGAAGUUUUGCAGUUCUGUUGGUUAGCUCCAGAAAAGAGACCAACAGCUGAGGAGAUUCAUCGUCUGCUAACUUACCUCCGCAUGCAGAGUCAGAAGGAAUGCGAGGACGACUUUGAAAUGAGAUGGAAUGCACUGAAGUCCAGCAACAACAAUCGGCAGGCGAUGGUGAACAAUUCGUCGUUUCCAAUCCUGGAGCACUUUGUUGCUGAGCAACUGAACCAGGAGAUGGAUGAUAUCCUCACGGUCACUGAAACUAGUAAAGGACUGAAUUUUGAGUAUGUGUGGGAGACAGCUAAACUUGACCAUUUUGAAGACCAUGUUCAAGGAAAUGAUGGUGCAAAGGUGAACUAUCAGAGCAUUUUCUACCCCACAGAUACUUCUGAGAAAGGUGAUUUCUCUAUUGUCCACACUCAAUCAGAUAAUAAAUUCACUAGGAAGGAGGAUAAAGGAAGUCCGCUUGUAUCAGGGAUCGUUCCUGUAUUUGAUACUCACUAUCCCUCCAUUGGAAGUGAAUACUAUAUACAGCUGGAGGAACAAAGUGAAACUAACUUAGAUGUUGAUGAAAAUUCAGGCUUUCCCAAUGAGGGGACCUUCCAGACCAAGGAUUCCCAGUCCUUUGUUAUCCUCGGAGACUCUGGAGAUGAUUUGAGUACGGAUGUGGAUUUCUUUCCACAUUGCAAUGAAGACUUGCAAAAGUCUGAACUAACAGAGGCAUUGAUUACUUCCAGCACUCCUAGUUAUGCUGAAAGCCCUAGCCACAAUGAUAUCUUCUAUGAUCACAAGUUGGAGGAGAUGCCUUACAACAAAGGAAUCUUGAACACUGAUGAAAUCAUAAUGCUAGAUCUACCCGAACUCAGUGAGAUUACAAGGAAAAAUGCACUUGGUCUAGUUUCAAAUAAAGAAACUCCCAUGGAGUCGUUAAUCCAUCAACCUGUGUCACUUGAUUUAAACACCUCUAGUCCCAUUUUGGAAGAAAAAAUAGACUUUGUUUUCACAGAAAGCAUCAAUAGUGAUGGCCGUUCGGGAUUGACCCGAUCUGAGGGGUUGCCCUCGAAUUUUUUUCUUAAAGAAAAUAAACUUUUACACGACUCUUCACCCAAAGGUGAUGCCGGCAGUGAUACAGGAAACUUGGUGACUUUAUCAGAUUUUAGUGUUGCCUCUGUUAAUUCGCACAUACCUGCGGACAGAACAAUAGACACAGGGUUAGCUGAUCAAAGUAAGCAAAUAACUAGUUCUCAACUGCAUGGAAUUGCAUGCAGCUUUACUGACCAAGUUUAUUCACAGAGUAGUUCACUUCAAAUUCCAAAUGAUAAUAAAUGGGCAUCGGACAUUUUUUUGGAUGAGAAUAAGGUGAUGUGUAAAGAUCAGCAAGUUAAGACAGAGUCAGAUGAAGGUUGUGUAAUGCAUGGUAGUUCAGGGUUAGGAUAUGACACUACUGAUGGCUGCAUUUCCAAACGCAGUUUCAAUUUGCCUGAUGCGCACUGCCAAGAGACUGCUCAAUGCAGUGAAAGUGCCGCUGCUAGCAUGUGCAAUAAUGCCAAAACGUACCACCUUACUGAAGGUGGAACUGUGGAAGAAAACACAGCUGUUGUUUCAGUAACAGAAUUGGCAAAGCAAACUGAAGCUGUAGACCAAGCACACAAUGCACUCAAAAUAGAUAAAGACAUCUUGGGUCAUUAUGGCCAGGACACCAAAUUAUCAACUGGACACUUGGCUGAACUCUUCUCAAAAACAUUAUCAACUUCUCCCCUCUCUGGAACCCCAAAUGAUUCUGAAUCGUUGGCUGCUGAAAAAUAUGCUUGUUCAGAGAUAUCUAAAACACAGGACACUGUUUCCUUGUCUGAAGCUCCCAGCCCGUCCAAAAGUAUUGAAUUCUUAGCUCCCCUCCAUUCUGGAUGCACUUCAGUAGAUGCUUUGAAAGCACUGGAGACUACUGAUAUAGAUGAACCCCCCUCCCAUAGCUUUAAAGAUACAAAUUCAAUAGUCUCUGUGCCUUGUCCAGACUUACCAAGUCAAGUUAGCCCUGUGGAAGAGGGCGCAUCGUUCUUGCAUCCCAGUUCAGAGCAAUCAACAGGUACACCAGAUUCUUUGGACUCGCUGGAGAUGCAUGGGGUAUUAGGGACUUUAGAAACACAAAAUGCAGUUUCUGAGAAAUUAAAGCCACCCCAGAAGCAACCAGAUAGUGGCUAUGAGACUGAAAAUCUGGAAUCACCUGAAUGGUCUUCACAAUUGCCCAGCGCAAGUACAGCUCCCACCUCAACUGCUUCCAGUAAUGAAUUACCUAAUACUUUCCCCUCGAACCCACUCAUUAUUGUGUCUAAGGAGGAAGCUCUUCCUUCUGUGGAGGUCAUCGAUGUAGAUGCUACCAAGGAAGCCUCAAAUAUGUUAGCCAAUGGAAACCAGAACUCCCACAGAGACUCUGCUUAUUUCUCCGACAAUGAUUCCGAACCAGAUAAAAGAGCAGAUUGUGAUGUUGCUGCAAGUACAAAUGAAGAAAAUGAUCUUAAGAAUGUGGCUGAAUUUGAAAUUGUUACUGUUCUCAAUGAUGAAAUUAUAGCAACAUUGGAUUUUGCAGAUUUAUCAGAGGAAAUUGCAGAUGAUAAGAGUAAGUUGUAUUGUUCCGACCAGGAGGAGUUUCCAAAGAACAUUCAAACCGGAAGCCAAGGUAACUUUAGUAAGAUGAACAGUGAUGAAGGAUCUGGUGAGAGUUUGGAUGCUUCAAGUAUAAUUGAUCCCGAAGGAUCAGUUUCAGAGGCUUUGUACAGCACUCCAGUUAGCACUACUCAGUUUUCUGAAGCUAUGAAGGAAGACUUUGAAAUAAUUAUUGAGAAGGACAUUAAAAAACCAUUGUCAAAAGGUAAUGAAGGAAUUAGACUGAAGGAGCCUGAUAUUGAAGGACGGUACCUUGGCAGAUUAGAUGCCUCUGAGCUCUUUAACCUCUCUGAGGAACAAGAUGGAAUGGAGGCUGACGAAGAAGAUGAAAACAGUGAUGAUUCGGAGGAUGAGUUCAAAGGCUAUUGCAUUAAUACUCCCAGUUCAGAGAGUGAGGACGACACAGUGCAUCCAGUGCCAGUAGUUGUAUCUGAGAAUGAUGAUGGAAAAGCUCUGAAAAGUUUAUUGAAGGACCAUGGUCCCAGGUCCUCUGAUUACCCUACAACAGACCCGGGGAGGAAACGAGUGAAAAAGAUAGUGUCAUUUUUUGAUGACGUCACAGUCUUCUUGUUUGAUCAGGAGACCCCUACCAAAGAGCUGGGAGAGCACUCAGCAGCAGAAAACAGUUUGGUGUCUAACAGAGGUAGCCCUAUCACAAUAACUGGAUCCCAUUACUCAAACAGGAUCUCAAACUCCGAAAGCUCCACUGAUGAAGAAGGAGGUGGUUUUGAAUGGGAAGAUGAUUUCUCCGUAUCCUCUUCAGAGUCCUCAUUUAUCUCUCAAACAGCAAAUCGACUUGCCUCCUUAAAACAGUCUUCUUCCCCAGCUUCCAGAUACUUUUCACCUCCACCGUCCUCCCGGACUUUGGAGCAGAAUUGGAUAGAUACAUCAUCGUACUCUCGAUUUUCUAUCUCUCCAUCCAGCAUUGCCAGCUUCUCUCUGACUCACCUUACAGACUCCGAUAUUGAACAAGGAGGAAGCAGUGAAGAUGGAGAGAAAGAUUGAAAGACAACUGGAAAGUGAUUUGUGUUUUCUUUUAUUUCAUAAUCAGACUAUCUGACAGGACAAGCCAGUUCAGAUUUAAAAUAAGAUGGAUGAACCAAUUCUUUUUCCACAAAAUUGAAAUGAGUCUGUGCACAACAAAGUAUAAAAUAUUUAAAUAUUGUCCAUGUUAUACUAAAAAUGAGUUCUGACUGGACAGUAGUUUCAGAACAAUGGAAGGCUGGAUAACUAGCUUCAAUAAGCCCAUGGACACAACUUUUGGCAAUCUUCUUUUGAAUUCCUUGCCGCUCCAUGGCUAAGUUCACUUUGCAGACAUAGGAUUGUUCAUAGUUCACUAUUUUUCUGUUCCCUUAAAGAAGGGAGAAAUUAAUUAAUUUUUAUCUGCAGUUCUCUGUAUUGUGUUAUAUUUAACCUAUAAAUGAGUUUUCCAGAGAAAGGGUACAGUUGGUGAUAAGUUUCAUGUUAUGAUGAUGUUUUAUUUGAGAAUCUGCAUUAUGUGUAAAAGGUAACUGGUGAUCUUAUGGCCCUCUGGUUUUAUAAUUGAGCUAUCUGGCACCUGCUAAAGUAAAUUCCCUGUUCAUUAUGGCAGUUUCCAACAGGAAUAUAAUUAACAAUUCAGCAAUGUGAAUCUAUUUCAAAAAGCCUCUUGAUAACAAUACCUCUUUUUAAAGACUAGGCCGCAGGAUAUAUGCAAAGCAAUGAUUUGCAAAGUGUUUAAGCCAAUCAUUCCAUAAAACCAGUGUCACAGCUGUGACAAGUAUUUACCACCUGUUCUGUGAACCUUUUAAAGCUAUUGCAGUUCUGAGGGUAUAACUUCUGUGGCAGUUGUGUGGCAUAUAUUCCACAAGUUUGCUUCCAAAUGUCAAAGCUAGCCUGAGUUAUGUUUGCAAGCCUUUUUUAAAAGUUGCUUAUAUGCAUAUUGUAGCCCAGAAUACACAAGUGGUUGCCUCAUUUGCAUCUGGCCCUAAGCAAUGGUACUGCUCUGUGUAUCCAAGACCUUAUCCUCAGAACACUAACUUUUUUUGGCUUUGGUGUUUAAAAAUUAAAAGCUACUGAGACUGAAUGGUAAUGUAUAAGUAACUUCUAGUGACUUAGUGUUCUAAACAUGUUCAGAAAUCAAGUUUGAUUCACCAAUCCAGCAUGAAGUUGGUUGAAUGACUUUAUAACAACAAACUUUGCAGAAAAGAUUUGAUUCAAUUGUAGCAUCAGGUACCUAUUCAAAAAAGUGAACACCAGUUACAAUUCAACAAACUACAAUCUUAGGUUAUAAAACACAUUUCGUUCUCAUUUUAUUUCUGCUGCUUGUUUUAUUUGUAUACUGAAAAUGAAGAUGUGCUUAUUAAUGCACUGGAAUUAGCAAAAUAUUCUGGUACCUUAUUCACAUUGACCUGAAUAACGAGCAUUGGAAGUGACUCAGUGUCCAUGUGCUGCUGGGAGAUGUAAUUGGCAAUUCUGAGCCCUUGCUUUGAUAGUCCUGGUCCAAAAUUGUGUGUGGCGCUGCUGGCUGGACCAAGAAAGCCUGGAGAUGCCACAACAAGAUCCACAACUCUGUCAGUCUCUGCACAACUGUUUUAAUUUUAUUUCUCCAUCUGUCCAUCAUCUCCUGGUCUUGGAAUGUAGACAUGGGGGAAUACCACCUCAAAGGAAAGUGAUCUUUUUAUGAACUGGAACUGGAGAGAAGCCUUCAGUUCCUGGAUGCUUGCCCUUUAUCCAAGUACUGAAAGCUUCCCCCCACCUUUUCCUCUGAAGUUGUGCAAAAUGGUUUAAGUAUUUAUUCUGCACUUGAUAUUAUUGCAGGGGUGUUGGAUUUUCAAUUAAGCCUACUCCUGGGAGAGUGGCCUGAGGAGCUGGUCCUAAAUUCUCCCUUCCCGACUUGUGUCUUUGUGACUUAGUAUAUUUCCUCAACUGAUCCUCAAUCUCCCUUCCUGGUCUUGUGGCUUAUUAGUAACUGAAUUUCCUUAACUAAUUCCUUUACUACUGAAAGCAGUGCAUGCCCUGAACAUGGGAACUGCACCAGAUCUGGGCUUCUCAGCUGGGAAAGGAGCUAGUAAUAAUUGAGAUAUAUUCACAUACUGUCCUAGACUUUAACUCCUCUGUUACAGCAGUUCUUUUGGGUAAUACUGGGUAUUGAUAGUACUCAGCCAUUGACCUUUUGGGAGGUGUUUUAACCCGUGUACUGAGGAAUUCUGGUUAUCCGGCUGGUAGGACUGGUCUGUUCUGGAUUAGCUGAUGGGUGCAUCAAUUGUAUGAAAGCUAGAUCAAGCUGCUGGAGGAACUUUCCAGGUCAGGCAGCAGCUGUGGAGGCAGAGGGAAAGUUGACAUUUUUAAACCCUACAUCACUGGGUGCAGAAUGCCAGCUGUCCAUUCACUUCUACAGAUGCUGCCCGACAUGCCGAGUUCCUCUGGCAGCUUAUGUUUCUUGCUUUAGAUCCCAGUGUCUGUAGUCUGUUCUCAGGUUUAUUUGCAUCGCCAGUUGCCUUGGACUAAAGAGCUAUCUCAACAAGUGAUAAACUCAACUAGUUUUAAACUUAGUUUAAAAUUUAAAAUUGAGAAGUUGAUGUAUUUGCUUGGGAGAUUCAUAUUUGAGUAUGUGGUUCCCUUCCACUGCCAAAACGAAUUCUGACAAAGAUUUGACUGGAAAGAUCUCACUGGAAAGUGAGAGGGGAAAAUGAUAUUGAGAGACUCUGGUCUCUUUUGUUGUUAUUUAUGGUAGGAGAUUUAGUAAAAGACUUUUUGUGGAUAAUUAUGACAGCUACAGAGCUGUACAGAGAUUCAUUAGAAGGCAGUAAAAAUCUUUUCCAGGGACUCUGCUAAUUGACAUCCUUUCAAGGAUUUUGGGGGUUUUAAGGAAAAGUCAAUGAUUCUGCUCACUUACAAAAGCAUCAUAAUUGAUAAUGUGCCAAUGAUUGUAAUGUAGAAUUGGUUUUCUGGGAGACAGCUUGGCAUAAAUUGAAUUUGCCCACAGAUUUCUGCAAGAUCCCACUUCAAGAUGAUUAGAUCCUUUUAUUUAGUGAUGGUGGAACAUCAGUGCAACUUGUUAUGUCUUUGUAGGUAUUUAGCUGUAAAGACUGCUUUCUUUAAACGGAGUGAAAAUUAUACAACCAGGGAAUCAUUGUGCCUCGACCGUCAAUUCUCUGCAGCACAAUGAACCUGAAAUCAAAUUAAAUGCAAGUUUGUCACCCACAAGUUAUCUCAUCACAUUUGGCCAUCCAGGAUUCAAGAAUUAAUUAGUGCCUAUAAACAAAAAUUAGCCGUGAAGAAAGCCAGACAGAAGCAGCAAAAAUAAAGGUAACGUAGAGGCAAGUAGGAAUUGAAGGUUGGUCUUUCAGUUACUGAUAAAGUUUGUAGCAAUUCUGCCAAACUCACUACAGUACUUUUGUUUAAUACAAUGGAUUGAAUUUUUUCAUUCAUUAGGGUGAUAGAAAAAGUUAAUGCUUUGUUGAAAUUUCCAAGCUCUAUAGAAUAACAACCAGAAAUGAGUCCUCAGUUGUCUUUAGUUCUGUUUUAAAGUAUGUGGAUAAUAAGGUAAUGUUUUGCAUAUAUUAAUGGUUAAACAAACCUUUGAAAGAAACCUUGAAAAUUGUGCAAAGGAAAACUGUCCUACAGCUGCCAGUUUUGGAACAGUUGCUGAAGUGUGGUUUUGAGUGAGUGGAAUGCACUCACUGUUCGUCCAGCUCCCUUGCACACAUUUGGAUGGCUCCUCUGUCUAAAUAUUCACACUAGGAUUUAAAAACGCCCAGUAGUGAGAUGCUGAUAGUGACUGGAAUGAAUUAGUGUCCAAAAUGUACAAACCAUAUGUAAUAAUUAAACUGUCAUAUUAACACGUUCUGAAGAGCAGCAGUUCAGAGUCACUUGCCCACUGCAAAUUGCCCUGAUCUCAUGUGUUUAUAUUUGCAAUCAUUGAAUUAUUACUGAUCACUCAAAUGUUGCUGCUUGCGCGGGAGACGAGCAACAAAAUUUUGGCUGUUGCUUCUGUACUUGCAUGUGGUUCCAGAACAACAGGAUCUAGCCUUGUGGUGACCUUGUUAAAAUGCCAGCAGUUGGUCAAACAGCUCAGAUGCUUUGUGCUCAGACUGGAAGUACACCCUGAUAAGUCAAUCUGAAAUAGAAAAUGGCAUCUUAAUACUGAGAAUGUGAGCAGCCUCUCCCCAAUACUUGUAACUCUUCUGUUAUGAAGGAAUAUUCCACUACACUUGAGACUCUAGUCAAACUCUACCUUCGAACCUAUUAACUUUACUUUUAUUGGUAGUUGUGCAAUAUUUUAGUCUUGAAUAUGUUCCUUUUUUUGUUAGUUAAUGGUUCAGGACAGUUGUGAUCUGCUAUUUAUGAUAGUUCAAAAUUACCCUGAACUGUUAUUAUUAAUAGGCAAAGAUUUUUGUUUAUAGUGUACUUGUCACAAGAUAUAUUUUGCAAUAAUUUGGUAAUAUUUUUAAACAUAAGCUGUCUACAACAAUGGUAAUUUAGGAAAAGGUGAUGCCACUUUGAACAAGUAAUGCUAAAUCAAAUGUGUCCAAUUAAAUUCAAUUGAUCGGUCAGGUGAGGGGAAUCCAACAAUUUCAUAGCAAUCUUGACUGUUGCCUUAGAGAAAUGGGCUGGAUGAUAUAUUUUAUUUCUGUAUGCUGUGUGAAAUAAUGCAGUCUUUCGGGUGGCUGCCUGUAGCUAUCGCCAUAUGUUUCCAGCACUGCUUAAUCGUCUAAAUGGUCGGUUACUUGGCAAAUGUUUAUGUAAAUGAAAAAGCAAUUUGCAAGAAAGAACAAUGCAAUACUUUUAACGUUGCCUUCCCACUCGAUGGUACUGUGAUCUCGAGCAAACCAGAUAGCCAAACACUGGCAGGCAGAGGUGCUGACAGCAAGCUCUUGUGGUUUUUUUUUAGGAGUCCACUAGCUACAUUCUACCCUGCAUACCAGGAAAUUUAACUUUCCUGUUCUCUGGUUGGGCUGUUGGGCAAUUUUGUUCAUAACAUAAAUCUACAUUUGGAUCCCAACUCCAGCAGUACCGAAUGUUUUCAGAGAUCACUACUGAAAAUAACCUGUGUAAGCUGUUGCUACCAUAUUAAAGCAAAGUGCAAACGCAGGGCUGAUUGUACAGAAGGUAUUGCCAAGUUACUGCACAUGUCUGAGACUUCUUGAUUAACUGGUCUGACUGAUCCUGUAAAUGUGAACCAUAGGAAUGUGCCUCAAUGAUCAAAAAGUGCAUGUUCCUUUAAAGAUAUUUUUCCCUAGGGUUCAUUCUUGAAGAUGACUUGUAAAUAUUAAAAACUUCUUCUCUUCACCUUCAAACCCACCUGAAAUCUAAAGUUGUGUAUAGUAUUUUGUUCACAGUAGGCUGUUCUACAUUAUUUUGAAGCGAAUUAAAUCUUUCAUGGAGAUACCAGAUAAUCUUGUGCAAUGUAUUGCUUUAUCUUGCACAUUUGAAGUGUAACUUAAUGUUUGAUGGUACUGGAUGUAUAUAAGUGUUUAAUUUGUCUGUAAAUGGGAGAUGGUGUAACAAAGUCAUAGGCACAAGGUUUUCUUUUGUAAUUUAAUAAAAAAUAUAUGAAAUUACUGAUUACAUAUCACAGUUAAUAAAGAAGAAAAUCAGGUCACUUCAUGAAAUGUACAUUUUGAUAUGUAAUAUUUUUACUUUGAUUCCAUGCAUAGUGUAAUUCAAUAAAUUGUUUGUAAUUUAAAUGCACUAUGGAUAUUUAAUAUUCAGAAUAAAGUCAAAUGAAUUAAUUUAUA